CCACUACUAUAGCAUUUUUCAAUAUACGAGUUAACAAUCUGAAACAUCUAACUUAAUUUAUAUUAUUAUUAUUAUUAUUAUUAUUAUUAUUAUUAUUAUUAAUCUCCUUCUUCCUCAAAAGUUAAUUUUACAUGUGAAACAAUUUCCAAUCUUUCUUUCUUUCUUUCUUUAAUUAAUUGUUCAAUGGCUGAGAAGAAGCUUGAACUCUUUCGUGCUGGGAUGAAUAAUCCAACCUUCAUUUACGGAAAUGAUUGUUCUUUGGAGAAAGUUGUAGUGAAAGAAGGAUCAUCAUCAAAUACGAGUAGUAGUAUCAUAACAACGAAGAAGUCACCCUCGAAAGAAAAAGAAAAAGAUAAUAAUAAACACGAAGCGGCAGCAGCAGCAUCACAAUUCUCAUACACAUCUUUGUAUAAUUCAUCAUCGUCAGCAGCAACAACUACUUUCAAGAAACCAAGAAUAGCAGACUCAUCAUUAUUAAACCAACAAGACUUUGCAGCAGGAAAGCUCAUGAAUUUCUCCGCUUUUUUAACACCUUCAAUGCUUCGUCAGAAUAAUUCUGUUUCACGUGAUGCUGAUAACAACAAAGAGGAACCGUUUCCUGAAAAGAAGUUAAAAUCUGUUAGUAAUAGUAAUAAGAGGAAAGUGGUGGAUAACGGCUUCUGUAACGAGCCCUUGAUAGAAUAUUCGUCUGUGUGUUCGCUUGGAGCGUCAACAAACAACACACACAUUUAUAGCCGGAAACAAGACCUCCAUGACUCCACCUACUUAAGCGAGAAUGACGAAGACAUAGAAGAUGUUACGAAGGAUAUUAAGAAUGCUCGGCGGGAGGGCAAUAAUGGAGUCAGAAGAAGCAGGAAUGCUGAGACUCAUAAUUUAUAUGAAAGGCGAAGAGACAAGAUCAACAAGAAACUGCGCGUACUGAAAGAUCUCAUACCCAAUUGUAAUAAGGUAGACAAGGCUUCACUGCUUGAUGAUGCCAUUGAAUAUCUUAAGGCCUUAAAACUUCAUUUACAGAUUAUGACAAUGGGAACCGGGCUAUGCAUGCCUCCAAUGAUGCUACCUACAUCUUCUCCAACCCAGCAAUUACAACAGUUAAUGGGUUUGAGGCCUGGAAUUAACAUCCCUUGCAACAUGGCUCAGUUCAAUAGUAUUCCACCACUACCUAAUGGAGUUGGCAUGUUUGGUUUCCCUAACCAAUUCUUACCCGUCAUUCCGCCAAAUCCAAUGUCUCAUGCACCUUUCACUACUACUACUACUACUCAUCCCAUGCUUGGAAAUAAUAAUAAUAAUAAUAAUAAGGUUAACAAUCUUUGUACACAACCGCCACUACUUCAAACAACCAAUAAUAUCUCAGCUCUAAAGUAGGUGUAUUAAUCAAUUCAUUGUGUUUCAUUGAAUAAAUAUUAAUUGUGAUUUGUGUCAAUAAAAGCUACAUCAAUUAAUGUUGUAUCAAUCGCAACAUGCAUGCAUGGAGUAGUCCAUAUAAUAUAUACGAUGAAAAAUUUUUGCCGUUUACUUUUAUAAUUCUAUAAUCAUAACUACUCAUGAGUCAUGAGUCUCUAAGGAUGA